UCCCUUCUCUCUCCAAACAAAGGAAACGUACAGAGAAUAUUCAAAAACAAGUGAUUAAUCCCCAAAUAAUCGCAGCAGUAUUAGCUCUGUCCUAAAAUCACUCAAUUCCCUGAAUAAAAUUUAGAAAAAACAGUAGAUUGUUAACAACAAUUAUUGAAGAAUAAUAUAUCAUUGUUCAGAGUGAAGGAUUCGGCAUUCAGAGGUCGACAGAGGCCUUUUGCAGCUCAGUUUACAGACGUGUGAACGGGUAGCAGAAAAAAAAAAACAUUCCAAGACCUGUGGGACAAAGCACCGGAAUCACGAAAACAAAACGUGUUCUUCGCGUGCUGAUUGACAAGUGAAAAAUUAUUCUUGCUAUUUUCUGCUGUCGUCAAGUGGCAAAUUGAUUACUAUGGAGGAUUUCAGUGAUGAACAAUCCGAGACCUCAUCAUCGGAACCUGCGCCAUCCGCACGCGGGACUCCAACAGAACAUAUAGUUUCCCCUGAUUCUACGAACGUCGAGAUGACCGAAACCCCAUCGUCGAGCGACACAUUCGGAACUUCUUCGGAUACUGACAGCGAAGAGCAUACACCGAACAACCAGGUUCCCCCUCCGGAAGAUGUAGAAAUAAACAGGCGGUCUCCAACUCCACCGGCCCACUGUAACGCACCGGAGGUACCUGUAGCACCCGUCAUCGACAAUACCCCCCCGGUCCCUCCCACGCCACCAUCCGAGAUGACAAAAGUCUUCGUUCGUCUCAAGCCACUGUCACUCGGAAUGAACACCACGAAAAAGCAGCAGCGGUACUACGUCACUAGCCCAUCACUUUUUAUCAACCUGAAUGACGUCGAACAGGACAUGAAUUCGAACGUCGAUCUUGUGCAGAAGAAGUUCGUCUACUCCGGUGCCUUCGGGGACGAAGACACUCAGACGCAAGUUUUCGAUCAAGUGGUGAUGCCACGGAUGGUAGAUUACCUCCAUGGAAUCAACUGCGCUGUCAUGACUUAUGGUACAGCACAAUCAGGAAAGUUUUACACCCUCGUAGGAUCUCCAGAAGAUCCAGGAUUAAUUCCGAGGACGUUGGAACAUAUUUUUGCCCGAGAGAAACCCGUGGAGAUUCCCAACUAUAAACCAGGCGACAAUACUGCCUCGUGUUUGACGGUGAUUCAGAGGUUCGAAGAGCUCGACACUCGACGAGGCUUUCUCUCCGCUCAAUCCCGGAAGAGAAUGGAUAUGUACGCAGAUAGGAUACAGACACCCGAGAAGGGAUGUGAAGUCUGGGUGUCGUUCGCAGAGAUUCGAAACGAGAUGUACUUUGAUGUGCUGUCCUCCGACUAUCUUGGGAGCCAUCCUUCUCUGAUCGCCAAGACCGAUCCCCGGGAUAAGACCUACAUCAAAGGCCUCACUCACGUUUCCGUGGGAACUCCCUCAGAGGCUUGUGACGUUCUCGCAUUUGGGUAUAACAAUCUUCUCCAAUGGAACUCCAACAUGACGACAUCAGCCUCGGAAUCUCAUUGCAUCUUCACCGUCACAUUAUUGAGGUAUGAAAGUUGGGAGGGGACAGAAUCAGCGGAGGCGAGCAGCUUUUCAUUCUGCGAUUUGGCAGCUCACACAUUUCCAAAGAUCGAUGUAAGCCUCCUGGCAGUUCUCAGAAGCUUGGAAUAUAUCAAAUGUCGUAAUCCCGUGACGCUCAAUGACUGUUUCUGCCCGUCGAGCCUCACAAAGCUCUUCGCAGGGCCUUUCAAGAAGGAAAGCCCUCUGUCCCUCGUCGUCACUGUCGACCCAAGUCCAAUGGUCUAUAGAGAAGUCCACACGAUUCUCCAGUGGACAUCAGUGCAGAACGAAAUUCACACAAAAAUCCGAAACCCUUAUCCCUCUUCUGAGGCCACCACAGCAUUCGGAAGAAUCAGCGAGACUCACCAGGGGACCGACAACUGGGAGGAGUUGACAGCCGAGAAGCUGAUGGAGCUUUCAGAGAAUUUUAAGAGUGAAAUAGACCAGUUGAAGGCUCUGAUUAUCGCCGGUGAUGCCCAGCGUCAUCAGAGGAGUAUCAACAGAUAUUCCCUGAUGAUAAAGAGGAUCGAGAACUCCUACAAGAGGAAGGCAGAGGCAGAGGCUCAUUCCGAGGAAGUCGAUGGAUUGAAGACAAUCUCACAGAAACUUCGAUCGCAGAAACAACUACUGGAACGAGAACUCGUUCUGUGCCAGGGUAAACUGGAGAAGUUUCCGCCGGAGUAUUGGCAAACCAGUGGAUCGAGGAGCCCACAUUACAAUGUGCUGGAUGAGAUUCUCGCAACGAGAGACGCUAGAGCGAAGAAUAAAGUUCUUAUGAAGACGCUGAAUGAAGCUAAGAUGAACUACUUGCGGGUGACUGCGAAUACCCGGGAGAAGCAAAGGAAAAUUGGGGAGAUUGAGAAGAAGACAUUGGCGUUCAGACUAGAUAGGGAUAGUGAGUUGGCUCAGCAGAAGAUCAUUAAUAAUGUCCUGAAGGAGAGGCUGGACAUGGCGAUUAAUGAAGAGGAGAAACUGAUGUACCAUGAGAAGUACUACGAACGUUAUCAGAAUGAAAUGGGCGCAAAAUUAGGGCAUGUGGAAGAUGGGAAGGAGGAAAAAUUGAUGGGAGCAGAAGUUGAUCCUCCUUCAGGAGUAAAUACUUUUGAUGAAGGAAAAGGGUUAUCUGGAGUGAGUCCAGAGGUGGAUCUCCCCGGGGGGAACGUCAAUCCGCAAACUGAAUCAGAGGAAAUGAAGGCGAUACCAACUGACGUUCAGGUGCCUCUGACUUCCCCGACAGUCCCUCGUGCAGGUUCUUGGGAUGAAAGUGCGGAAAACAGACGCUCUGGUGGUGAGACUGGGGAGAUAGAUGGAACGAUACAGCAGAGGAUCAUUGAGAGACCCUUCAAGGAACUCAACUUAGUUAGUGAGAAGGAGAGACUAGAGAGGCAAGAGGAAGUCCAGCAGAUGUUUGGGAAUUUAGAGGAUGUAGAGCCUGAAGGGGUGGAACAAUCGAUGGAGUCAGGAAUUGAUGUUCAUUCUCAAGUACAUGGUCCUGAUGGGGAAGAAAUGAUUUCUAGGGCAUCUUCAGUUGCUGGUGUUCCUGAGGGAAAAAUCGAAUCUCAGACUGAAUUAAGGAGAAUGGAAAUUCCAACUGAGGAUCAGGCGUCUUUGAAUUCCCAGACGCAAUUUAGUGCAAGUUCCUUCGAUGAAGGAGUGAUGAGCAGUUACUCUGAGAGUGAAGUGGUAGAUAGCUUUAGAGGGAAUCAAAUUUCGUGUUUUAAAGAUUCAGCUGUUCCUCCGUCAGUCCUAGAGGCUGAGGGCGGUUUUGCAAAAGGGGUUGGCAUGGCUACACCUGAAGUUCCUCCUUCAGAUCUUCAUCGUCCAACUGAUGACGAUCAGAUUAAUAUGGCUUGCGAGAAGACUGUGUUGUCUUUGAAAUCGCCCCUUAGUUUUGAAGAUUGGUCUGAUGAUGGCAGUGAAGAGCAGAAUAUUGUACAAACCUUGUCUCUGUGUUCAUCAGGAACUUAUGAAAUCCCUUCAGUACAACAGACUUCUCUGAUUGCAUGUUCGGACACCAAAAUGCAGGCCCCUGAAUCACAAAUCACUCAAUCAUUUGAAGGAGGAGCUUCUCAUGAAGGGCGUAAUCUUGAAACCCAACUCGUGUCUGAAAUUAACGAUCGUCGUGCACCUAUACCACGAAUGUCAUUCGCUGACGACAACUACAGUACAAUUCUUCCAGGGUCUCAACCUAUGCCUGUUGGAUCAGUUGGGUACCCUGAACCUGGAAAAUCUCCAAGAGAUGACAUUCUUAUUACAACUCAGCAAAUUUUGGAAUCGUCGAGUGAUGGAACUUCAACGGCCGUCGAGAUGGCUUCCACCAGCAUUAAUGUCGUUCUGCAGGAAAAAGAGGACAUUGAGGGUGAGAAAAGUCAGGAGCCUCCGUCAUUAGAGUCCAGAGACCAGUAUUCAGACAAUGAUCUGGUGUUUGAAGCUGCUGGGCCCUCAGAGCCCCAGGUGAAGGUCUCUGAAUCAACAAUAAAUGAUUUGAACGAAUAUGAAUCUAUCCACGUUCAUUCUCCCGGCUCAGAGGCGUCAACGGACGUUCCUGAAUUAAGAAUAAUUGAUUCAGAUGAUCUUGAAGCGAGUCAAGCACAAUCUCCAGACAGUCCUUCUGCAUCUCAACCUUUGGGAUCCCUAGAGCCUGAAAUGGAAAUGUCUGCAUCACAAAUAAUUCAUUCUGAUGAACCUGAAGCUAUCAAAGUACAGUCUAUAAGUGAUGCUCUUCCAUCUGAAGUUCUUGGUUCCACCGAGCCACAAAUAAAAGUUAUGGAGUCAAAAACCGUUGAUUCAGAUGUGGCCGAAUCUAUCCAUGCUCACCCUCCACACAGUCCUCUGGGAUCCUCAACUCCAGCCCUGGCCGUACAGGUUCGUAAAUCAGAGAUAGACGAGACUGCAGCCAUUAUUCCUGGAAAUAGAACUGUUGAAGUUGAACAUCACACAGCCACUGCCUCGCUGCCUCAAUCUACUAUUCUCCCUGCCGACAUGAACGAAGUCCCAUCUGUCCAAGCGGGUGAUUCUCCAGGGGUUAGUGAUGACCUCUAUAAGUGCUCAAAUGUAGAGGAAUCUGUCGAUGAUGUCCAGGGUUUGCCUGCGAAAUGCGACACCCUUAUUCCAAGUAUGAUUGAUAAUUCAGUCAUCGCUGAGGCAGUAAAACCCCCUGAAUCAUCGGACGGCACAUCCACUAAUGAUGAAGCUAUGGAGAAUGUCCUGCCUCAAACGUCCACCGAUCAAGGCGAUCCAUUGAGAAGAAGUACUCGAAAAAGGUCAGGGACUCCUCAGAUGCCUUCAUCAGUGAAACAUCCCAAGCCAAAUCCUGGAACACCAUCGAGCCGAAACUCUAGGCGUUCGAGUACUCCGUCAACUGGAGAUACGGUAGAUCCAGAAACAGCAGUUGCUUGUUCCACAUGUGGGGUGGCAAUCGUAGGCAAACAUCGACAGCGUUUAAAGAACUGUAGAAAAUGUUCUCUAGACGAUCUUCCAAGACGUAGUACUCGUAACACCCCUGGUACCCCAACCCUUUUGGGGGACAAUGACGUCCACUCAGGAGCUCCGCUCGUCACCUGUGAUAAUUGCUUCGAACGAAUUACUGAUGAAUGCCGAUACCACUGCAAGAUCUGUAACGAUGGAAAUUUUGAUUUAUGCAAGGUCUGCUAUUCUGAGGUCAGUCAUAAGCAUGAAGUCGAAAUUGUUCCGACGAUUCCUCAGCAAUAGCAAUAGGCUCGGAGCUGAAUUGGAACAAUUGGUCAAGAUUAAAUGGAAAUGCUAUACUUUUCUACGAAAAAAAAAAAUAACUUUUAAUUUUCUUCAUAUUUCAGAAUUUAGUUAGCCUUGCCAUUUUCCAAAUUACAAAUCUCCAUCCUUUUUUUUAUUCUUAGAAGAAAGACACCAUCGACGAACGUAAUUGUUUUGGUUUUUCAAAAAUUCAAUGAGUUAUUGAACAUUUUUGUUUACUGUAGAAAGUUAAAGUUUUGUCCUCAGGAUUAUUGAAUAAGACUAAAUAAUGAUUAUAAUUUGACACCGAAACGAAACGAAACGAGUACUUUGUAUAUUUUUUUUUCUAUUGUUCAAACUGAAUUCGAUUUCCUGUAUUUUUCGAUAAAAAAAUUGACAUUGAAAAGUUCAACUUUUUUCAAUUUGAUAAAAAUUUGCAACUGUCCAGUUGUCUAUUGUUGUGCAAUUGGAAAUUUCGAAAAGUUCUCUAGCAUUUUUAAACACAAAAUUUUGAAGUAUUUGUCGAAGGUUUGUUUCUACGUACAGAAAUACAUUUGUUCCCGUUGCACUUUGAGAAUUUGAUGAUAUUAUAGUGACAAGUAAAAUUAUAAAAGAAUGUGAA